UCAGUUAAUUUAUACUCAGUCAAAAUAUAAUGAAACGGUUUUACAAAAUAUUACCCCUAUUUCAUUUAUUUUUCUACGAAUGGUUUUCGUCACUUUCAGUCUUAUUGAGAUUCCUUAGACUUGACUUUUCUAUGCUCACAAGUCAGCGUUUCCACACUACGAGUAAUAGUUGUUCAUUCAGUCCUCUCAUAGUAUUACAGAAGGUUAUCAAAUGAGAAUCUGAAAACGCUAUAUACGCACACAGACACACACAAAUAUAUGUGUGUAUGUGUGCGUACGUAUACAUAUGUGUGUGUAUACAAGCUUGAAUGACACCGUUAGUGUUAAUUGUACGCUUCCAAGUCAUGUUAAAAAUCACAAUGCUGAUUAGGCGACGGAGAAAAUGCAUUGAACAGUAGAAAUCGUGAAUGUUAAAUGCAGUAGGCAGCGCCCGAUCCGCCGCCGCACAGUACAUGUUGGAUGAUUUCCAAGCGAAUAUUUUCGGUAAAUGAUUUUGACCAAAAUUUUGGGCGGCUUUCGAAAAUAUAAGAGUCACAUCCGGUUAAAAUUUAAAUAAUCUUCAACGAAAUCGUCUCGUGUGAGUUUAUUGUUAGUUCAGCCAUUUAUAAUAAUAAUGCAUCGGCAAUAAUAACGCUAAUAGUUUGAAUUUUGCAUAGCCUUAUUGUUUUAUUUAUUCGGUAACAAUGAAGGCGAUGAAGCUAACAGUCGCCGGGUGCCAUUACCUUAUGUAAGGAUCGGUAGAAAGUCUUUCACAAGCAAAUGGCUGGCUAUUAGAGAUUCGUUUGUGCGAUGAAACGCUGUAUAUCAUACGUCCAUCCUCGAAGGUGACUCGGCAUUAGCAUGCAAGGGGCGCCUCGCUGCCUACUUACGAUGAGCAAUGCGGAACACGGGGGUCACACGGAGAAUUUAAUUGUGUUCCAUUAUCAUAUUUAGGCUCUUUUACGGUAACUCAAAAGUGAAAACUGUAUGGGAUACGAGUUCGCGUGUCAUUCGUCAGCUGCUAUCGAUGGAGACAACUUCCCUGACAGUUGCUAAAGAUUAACGAAAUGGCGCUUAAGAGACUGUGCUUUGUGUUCGCGACUUUGACGUGUGCUUCAGCUAUAGUUGGCCCGGCUGCGAACAGCUCUAAAGUAGUUGUUGUUACUAAAGCCGACACUUACCUCGACGCUUAUUCAAAAUCCCGAGUAGACGCAGAAGAAGCUAAGAAGGGUGUUGUUAUAGUAACGGCCAGAGAUGGCGAGAAGAAACUGACAAAUCGUGACGACAGUUACAGCGGAUACGACUACACGCCGUCGUAUUCUAGCGGAGAUAGUUAUUCAUCGGGACCGUCAAACAGCUAUUUGCCUUCAGGCAAUCAUGGGCCGGUGAAGUUUGAGCCAGAAAUCACGUACAAUGCUCCCGCGAAUACAUACGGGCCACCGUCUCCAAGCUACGGACCUCCAUCAUCCAACUACGGUCCACCUUCAAGCGGCCCAUCGCCGAGCUAUGGCCCUCCGCAGUCCUACGGGCCUCCAACUCCCGUAUACGGACCCCCAAUACAUAAACCAUCACCCCCGGUAUAUGGACCACCUCUCAAACCGUUCUAUGGCGUCCCAUACACGGCGCCCGGUCUCAGUUUCUUCGACAAAUUAUCUUUAAAGUUAGACAUCCUCACUAUCGCAAAACUGAUGCUGAAGUUCCUCAUAUUCAAGAAGAUUGUGACCAUGAUCGCUGUGGUGUGCAUGCUGCUCGUCAUACCUAAACUAAUAUCUUUUAAGAAAGAUAAAACUGGAGACGAGGGCGGCGACGAGGAUGAACGUAGAUUCGGUGGUAGACAUCUUAUGGAGUUAACCUCAGCUCAACAAUUGUUGGACCGCGCGAUGUAUGUCUACGGACAUCAGCGGCCGGACUGUGGGUUCGCGUGUCGCGUCAGACGCGUGUUAGACGAUGUAUACGAAUUUCAGCCUUAUUUCAGAGGCAGUCAAGCGACUUAAUUGAAAAAGUCAAACGGCGUCUUGGUGCCAUUCCAGCAUUUAAUAUUAAUAAGUACUAAUUUAUUGUUCUAUUUAUUAUUUUAUGUAAGUUAUUGUUGAUAUUAAAAAUAAAUAUAUCGUUCGAA